GCUUGGAGGUCUACUUGGAGACCGACAGUGUAACAUUUCCUCGGCCAAUCACAACGUCACAUCUCUUAUACUUCUGGUUGAAAUUUGAGUGAAAUCGAGCCCCUAAAGGACAGGAUCAGCUAUGAAUGACAUGAAGGAAAGACUUAAAGAUAUUGAAAAGAAACAGAAACUUUUCAAGCAACAACUGUUCAUCUUCACAUCUGCUCUGGAACGAUCACAGGAACAAGCGCAUGGAAGGCUCGAACCAGUCAAGAAUGUUUUCCAGGUCCAGAGGUAUAUGACCCAUCACUGCAGCAAUGCCACGGACAGAAGAAUAUUCUCUUUUUAUAUGGAGAUUGUAUCAGAUCUGAAUAACACUCUGGAGCUCAUCAAGGUCUCUUGCCAAAGCAGUGAUGCUUUGACCACAUGCAAGGUGCUUCUCAACCCAAAUAAUGACAUCAGCCAGUUACGGGCACAGUAUCCACAUGGGGAAAUCCUACGGCUCGGCUGUGAUACCAGGAACUACUUCGGGGGGGUGGUCAGCCUGAUCCCGCUGGCCCUGGACCUGCUGAGGUCGGCCUCCACUCCUGAGGGGUCGCCCUCACUCUCAGCCGCCCCCACCCCCAGCCCACCCCCAUGCCCAUGCCCAUGCCCCUCUCUGGAGGAGCGACUGACUCGACCACACUGCGCCUGCAGCCACGCCGGCGCCCAGGCGGCCAUGGGAGAGAGACGGGCCCAGUCGGCCCAGGGAAACCAAAUCCCAAAACCCACGCACACAGGAGCAUGGCAUUAUGGGAAGGUUGCCUGGAGGCCCCCCUGGGAGCACACAGAAGUGAAGCCUGUAGAACUAUAG